AUUUACCUUUUAAAAACAGAAUUAAUAAUUAUAAGCAUAAACUUAUUAAAUAUAACUAAAGUUUAUCAGUUAUCACCCAAAUCCCAUCUCCGCCGUCUAUAAUUCGGCCAUAUUUCCGCCAUGGAACCACCAGACAGUACCCACAGAAAGCUUCUAACUUUCGCCUUAUUAUCACUAACCCCAUCAAACCCAAACACCCUUUACCUUAAAAACACCCAAAUGAUCAUUUCCCAUGUCGAAACCCUCGGCAUUGUCACUAGCCGUGAACACAAACCCGAACGAUUCCUUCGGUUUACUAUCGAUGACGGUACCGGGUCCAUUCCGUGUGUUCUCUGGCUGAACCAGCUCACUUCGCCUUACUUUUCUCGAAUAAGCCCACCAAGUGUUCGAUCAAUUGCCUUAAUGGCCAAGAAUUUUGAAAAUGUGGUUCGGGUUGGGGUUUUGGCUCGUGUUCGAGGCAAGAUUGGAGUUUACAGAGGGAAAGUUCAAGUUACUGUUAAUAAUGUUUUUGUUGAAAGAGAUCCAAAUGCUGAGAUUCUUCAUUGGUUGGAAUGUAUGCGUUUGUCUCGAAAAUGUUAUGAUAAUGUACUCGAGGAGAAAGAAAAGAUGAUAGUUGAUUGAAUUUCGUAUGAAUUCGAUCAUGGGAAUGUAUGAAAGCUACUACAUUGUUAGCUUUUGGUUUCAGACAACUCGAGCCGGUUACUGGUGUCCUUGCCAAACACCUGCAGGCCAUUCACUUGAGAGGUAAAUCGCGCUCGCACAACUGUCAGCUCAAAUGAUAGUACGUUGAUAUUAUUUUACGGUUCUUAUAACAUAUUGUAUUAGGACUUAAGGCUUGUGUAGUUGUGUAAAGUUAAUUGUUUGAACUAAAUUUGUUUCAUUUUCCAUAAGACAUGGAAUUGGGGUUCCUAAAUGCAUCCUCAUAGGAAAAGGGAAACAAUGAACUAUGUUUAGAGCUUACUUUAUAUAACGAGUCUGCACUGCUAUAGUACAUACAAUUAUGUGAUUGUGGAUUCGUAUUGCUGAAUGGGAUUAAAAUUGGGCAUGUAUUGUAGAAAGCUAGUAAUGAGACGACUAUUGGAUUA